AGAGGCCUUGUAGAGGAGAGAAAAACCUAAGGGUGACAGUGUUGGCAGGCAGGCGCGUGCGUUCACGCCCCUCUCUUUCAAACCGGCUCACGUUAGCAAACACCAGAUGCACAACUUCACCUAUGUCCGCCCUCACUUCCUUCUUCCCCUUAUCCCUUUCGACCGUCCCACCCACGCUCACACCCACACCCCUUUUCAUUCUAGGGCUAGGGUUUCCUCAACAUCGUCUCCUCGUCUCUCCACAACUUUUCUCCGGCCGCAGAAUUUUCUCCUUUUGUUCGCCGUUCUACCCCAAUGCUCGCCGUCGGAUUCUGGUUUCGUUGCUGCGUAGUCGGUGAGAGGGCUUAUGGACUCAAGGUGGAAUUAUUCUUAUGAAAAGUUGUUCAAUCUCGAGCCUUUGAUGAACUUUCAACUGCCGAAACAAGACAAGGAUUUUGAUUAUUAUGCAAAUAGUAGUCAGGACGAGAGCAGAGGUAGCCAAGGAGGAGCAAUUGGUGAGCAUAUGAAUGGUAAGAUGGCUGAGAGAAGAUCCAAAAAGAAGAAGCAGAGGCUGAACACUUAUAGCAGCGAUGAGGAAGAAGCUGGUACAUAUAGUCCAUAUAUUUCGGAGGAGCGAUAUCGUGCAAUGCUUGGAGAUCACAUCCAGAAAUACAAAAGGAGACAGAAUUACUCGUCGCAGCAAAAUCCCGUGACAACAAGAAUUGGGACAACGGGAACAAAGAAUAAAGAUAAUAAGCUAGCAAAUGAUAAUAGAGGAUUGCACAAGUUUGAAGCUACUUCAGAUUUUUUCAACGGCAGUAACUCCCUGAAGACAAAUUAUCAAGAACCAGAUUCUGGGCUGCCAUAUGGUUCUUCUAGGCCCAAUCUCGAGCCUGCCUUUCUUGAUAUUGGAGAUGGCAUCACUUAUAGAAUUCCUCUUCCGUAUGAAAAACUGUCCUCAUCUCUAAAUUUGCCAAGCAUGUCAGAUAUACGGGUGGAGGAAUUUUACUUGAAGGGUACCCUCGACUUGGGUUCAUUGGAUGCAAUGAUAGCUUCUGAUUACAGGUUUCAGAGGAGAGUCAGAGCAGGAAUGGCUGAUCCCAAGCCCCAAUACGAAUCUCUUCAGGACAAAUUGAGGGCCCAGCAGGGCAAUGUCUCUGCUGAAAACUUUAGUUUGAAAAUAACUGAAGAAGCAUUGCAAUCCAAUGGCAUUCCAGAAGGGGCAGUGGGGCGGAUCAGGAGAUUCAUUUUAUCUGAAGGUGGUACAUUGCAGGUUAACUAUGUGAAAGUUUUGGAGAAAGGGGAUACAUAUGAGAUUAUUGAACGCAGUUUACCAAAGAAACCAAAGGUGAAGAAGGACCCUUCUGUAAUUCAGAGGGAAGAAAUGGAAAAGAUUAGCAAACAUUGGGUCAAUAUAGCUAGGAAAGAAAUUCCAAAGCAUCACCGAAUUUUCACCAACUUUCACAGAAAACAAUAUACCGAUGCGAAGCGGAUUUCUGAAACCUGUCAAAGAGAGGUUAAAAUGAAGGUCAGCAGAUCCCUGAAAUUUAUGAAAGGUGCUUCAAUCCGUACAAGGAAGAUAGCCAGAGACAUGUUAGUAUUUUGGAAGAGGGUUGACAAAGAAAUGGCUGAGGUACGGAAGAGAGAGGAAAAGGAAGCUGCAGAAGCUUUGAAGCGAGAACAGGAGCUUCGUGAAGCCAAAAGGCAACAGCAAAGACUCAACUUUCUGCUGUCCCAGACUGAGCUUUACAGUCACUUUAUGCAGAAUAAGACUGCACAAGCAUCUGAAGCAUUAGCAGUAGAUGACGAAAGGUCUGAUGACCAAAAAAUGCUUCCAAUUUCUUCAGAAACUAGGCUGGAGGAUGAAGAUCCCGAGGAUGCUGAACUCAGAAAAGAAGCUCUCCUAGCAGCGCAGGAUGCAGUUUCAAAGCAGAAAAGAAUGACAAGUGCUUUUGAUAAUGAAUGCUUGAAGCUGAGACAAGUUUCAGAUGUUGAGGGUCUUACUCAAGAUCCCUCAGUUGCUGAGUCUAGUAACAUUGAUUUACUGCACCCGUCAACUAUGCCCGUGGCAUCUACGGUGCAGACACCUGAGCUGUUUAAGGGCUCUCUCAAAGAAUAUCAGUUGAAAGGUCUUCAAUGGCUUGUAAACUGUUAUGAACAGGGCUUGAAUGGUAUUCUUGCUGAUGAAAUGGGCUUGGGCAAGACAAUUCAAGCCAUGGCAUUCUUGGCUCAUUUGGCUGAGGAAAAAAAUAUUUGGGGGCCUUUUUUGGUUGUUGCCCCUGCUUCUGUCUUGAGUAACUGGGCUGAUGAAAUCAGUCGUUUUUGCCCUGACUUGAAGACUCUUCCAUAUUGGGGUGGUCUUCAGGAGCGUACAAUACUUAGGAAAAACAUAAAUCCAAAACGUCUCUAUCGAAGGGAGGCUGGAUUUCACAUUCUCAUUACUAGUUACCAGCUGUUAGUUUCUGAUGAAAAGUAUUUUCGACGUGUAAAAUGGCAAUACAUGGUGUUGGAUGAAGCCCAGGCAAUCAAGAGUUCAAACAGCAUAAGAUGGAAAACACUGCUCAGUUUCAAUUGUCGAAACCGAUUACUGCUGACUGGUACACCAAUUCAAAAUAACAUGGCUGAACUAUGGGCGCUUCUACAUUUUAUUAUGCCUACUUUGUUUGAUAACCAUGAGCAGUUCAAUGAGUGGUUUUCAAAGGGAAUUGAGGGUCAUGCAGAGCAUGGUGGGACGUUGAAUGAACACCAGCUGAAUCGAUUGCAUGCAAUUCUGAAACCUUUCAUGCUGCGGAGGGUUAAGAAGGAUGUGAUCUCGGAACUGACAGGAAAAACUGAAAUUACAGUGCACUGUAUAUUAAGUUCGCGCCAACAAGCUUUUUAUCAAGCUAUAAAGAACAAGAUUUCCCUUGCUGAGUUGUUCGAUGGAAACCGUGGGCAUCUUAAUGAGAAAAAAAUUCUGAAUCUGAUGAACAUUGUCAUCCAGCUGAGGAAGGUGUGCAAUCACCCAGAAUUAUUUGAGAGAAAUGAGGGAAGCACAUACUUCUAUUUUGGAGAGAUUCCGAAUUCUCUUUUGCCUCCUCCCUUUGGUGAACUGGAAGUAAUUUUCUAUUCUGGAGCUAGAAAUCCUAUCUCUUAUAAGAUGCCAAAGUUGGUGUACCAAGAAGUGGGUGAGGCCUCGAAAAUUCAUUAUUUAGAAUCUGACCGAAGAUUAUGCGGGAAGUCACUUGUGAAGCUUUUUAACAUAUUUUCUCCUGAGAAUAUCUACAAUUCUUCUCUCCAACAAAGUGAAGCAUUUGGAUUCUCCCGUCUUAUUGAUUUGUCGCCAGCAGAAAUGUCGUACUUGGCCACUAGUUCUUUUAUGGAGAGGUUAUUGUUCUCAGUUUUGAGGUCAGAUCGCCAAUUUCUGGAUGGAAUAUUGGACAUGAUGUUGGAGACUGAUGACAGCAAUGACAUUGGCACAGAGAAGGUCAGAGCAGUCACACGGAUGCUGCUAAUGCCGUGUAAGUCGCAGGCAAAUUUACUCCAAAGAAGUCUUGCAACAGGUCCUACGGGUGCUCUUUUUGAGUCUCUAGUCAUGCCUUAUCAAGAUAGGAUACUAUCUAAUGUCAAGAUAAUACAUUCAGUAUACUCUUUCAUCCCAAGGACUAGAGCACCACCUAUAAAUGUCCGUUGUUCUGAUAGAGAGUGUGCAUACAAAAUGACUGAAGAGUGGCAUCAUCCCUGGCUUAAGAGAUUAUUGGUUGGAUUUGCUCGGACAUCCAACUUUAAUGGCCCAAAAAUGCCAACAGCCCCUCACCCAUUGAUUCAAGAGAUUGAUGCUGAGUUACCUAUUUCACAGCCAGCUCUACAGCUUACAUAUAAUGUUUUUGGAUCUUGUCCACCGAUGCAGCCAUUUGACCCUGCGAAGAUGCUCACAGACUCGGGAAAGCUUCAGACACUUGAUAUAUUGCUAAAGCGUCUGCGUGCUGAAAAUCAUCGUGUUCUUCUGUUUGCACAAAUGACAAAAAUGCUUAAUAUCCUAGAGGACUAUAUGAAUUACAGGAAGUACAGAUAUUUGAGGCUUGAUGGAUCAUCCACAAUUAUGGAUCGUCGAGAUAUGGUGAAAGAUUUCCAGCAUAGGAGUGACAUCUUUGUAUUCUUGCUGAGCACCAGAGCUGGUGGGCUUGGAAUUAACUUGACAGCUGCCGACACUGUUAUAUUCUAUGAAAGUGAUUGGAAUCCAACUUUGGAUUUGCAAGCAAUGGAUAGAGCUCAUCGUCUGGGCCAAACUAAGGAUGUAACUGUGUAUCGUCUAAUAUGUAAAGAGACUGUAGAGGAAAAGAUUCUACAGAGAGCCAGUCAGAAGAGCACUGUCCAACAGCUUGUCAUGACUGGCGGUCAUGUGCAGGGUGACCUUUUAGCACCAGAAGAUGUCGUGUCACUAUUGAUUGAUGAUACCCAGCUGGAGCAGAAACUAAAAGAAGUGUCACAACAGGCAAAAGAUAGACAGAAGAAGAAAGGCAGCAGCUCAAAGGGCAUACGGAUUGAUGCUGAAGGCGGAGCAUCUUUGGAGGACUACGAACUAGAUAAGGAUUAUGAGCCCCCUGAUCAUGAUAAGUCGAAGUCGAGCAGUAAAAAGAGGAAAGCUGCAACCGAGAAGCAAACACAGUCUAAGUCAAGGGCACAGAAGGGUUCCAAACAGGGCGACCCAACUUCGCCAAAUGCAGCCAUGAUGGACUAUGAGCUUGAUGAGCCCCCACAGAACACCGACACCGUACAGCAAAGGCCGAAGAGAUUGAAAAGACCAACAAAGAGCGUAAAUGAGAACAUCGAACCUGCAUUCACACCCCCUUCCUAACAUCAUUCAACACUGCUGCUCAGAACUGUCUACUACUGAAACAGGAACGCCUUUGUUGGCUCGGUCGGGAUUGAAGAAUGCAAAUUUUUGUGGGAGGAGGAAAGUUGAGAGCAGAUUUGUAUAGUAGACUUGUAAAAUUGAGCUUUUGGAGGGUUUAUUCCAUGAAACUGAUUGUAUAGCAGCUCUAUAGUAGAUUCUGAAUAUUUAGCACACUAUUUAUGAGUGUGUUAACUGGAACAAAAUCUCCUUUUUCACACAACUUCAAAGAAUUUUGAUAGAUAUAUUCUUUUUGUUUUUUUU